GCGGGGGUGUUUUCCCGGGGGGGGCGAAGGCUGCUCGGUGAGGGCUGUGAAGUUAUUGAUCAAGGGUGAACGGCGCAGGUGGCGACGCCGUUUAACGAAAGGCCUACGUCCAAAAUGAAACUGGGCAGAAAGGGGGGGGGGGGUACGGCCCCGGUAGCUAACGUUAGCUAGCUAUAGCUAACGUUAGCUACAAGACGGUAACCGGCUACUUGUAGAGGAAAAAAAAACGUAACGUUGAGUUACAUCCUGAAUCAUUUCGUACCGACGGCAAUGUCGGUGUUUUCAGAUCCUACUGCCGAAGAUUUGUUAUCAUCCACCGCAGGCUGUCUUUAUCUUUUCGGGGGAAUGGGGCUGGUUAACGUUCACUUGACGUUAGCCUGAAUCCCCCAACGGUUUCAGCUACUUUUGAUUUUUAACAUUUGUCACGUUGUAAAUAUGUGGUGUGGCUGUGAAAAUCACAAUCGGCAGCAGUUAGCAAAGAGUUGAACGCGCACUUAAAGACGAUCAGUUGCAUCACAACGGCUGGCUUUCGGUUACAAGCGCCACUUGUUUGGGAAGCCGUGAUUGUGUUACUCUUCAUCGGACUCCGUACAAAUGCACUGCGGAAGCUGGCGGUCAUGGCCGUCUAACAGGCUGCCGGCGCCCUCUUCAUGGAUCACCGAGUGCGGCAAAGACAAACCUCAGCAUCUGUGAGUGCAGCCGCUAACUAGGGAGCGCGACCCGCGGGCGCCUCACCGCGCCUCCUGAGUGGUUCACAGACGCCGGCUAUCGCUAUGCACUUCAAACGGAGAGACGCCCGCCGGAGCGCGCCUCUUUGGUGUCGGACUUUCCCUCUGGUGACGAUGCUUCUGGUGACCAUGGCCCGUGGCGCCACGCCACAACGGCAAGGCAAGGAGGCGCAGCUGAUGUCGGUGGAGCUGGAGGCGUCCAUGCAGUCCUCCGUGCUCUCCGAGCUGCGCGCCGCGGCGUCCUCGGUCGCCGAGGGAACUCUGGCGGCCGUCCCAGACUCCUCUGCGAGGCCCCGGGGGGUCCACACCGGCAUCCCCGACUCCUCGGCCAUUGUGGGCCAGGUGUUCCAGCUGAAGGUUCCGGCCAAUGCCACCUGUAACGUGCAUCUGACUGAAAUGGGAAAGCAGACUUUACCUCACUGGCUUUAUUGGGACAAAAAGAGCUGCAUUGUGAGAGGCCUGGCUCUGGAGCAGGACAAAGGUGUGUAUCAUAUCCUGGUCUCUGGGGAGGAGAUGAUCGACCGCGUGUUCCCGAGUACAGUGUUCUCCAUCGAAGUGCACCCAGAAGAGCGCGCAGACGCCGAGGCCCCCCUGCACACGCUGCAGGUCGACAGCGUCCAGCCGUUCACCUGCGGCUCCGAGGAGCUCGUCACCGUCCUCACGGUCAUCCUGGAUGCCGACCUGACGAAGAUGGGGGCGGAGCAGAGGGUCGACCUGCUGGGCACGAUGAGGCGGUUCUCUCGCGUGCCCCUGGAGCACAUGAGGGUCGUCCCCGUGGUCAACAACCGCCUCUUCGACAUGUCUGCUUUCAUGGCCGGGCCGGGGAACGCCAAGAAGGUGGUGGAAAACGGGGCGCUGGUGUCGUGGAAGCUGGGCUGCGGCCUGGACCAGGGCAGCAUCCCUGACAUUGACAGCGUCCAGUCCUCUGCCAAGGACGGGACCAUGUCGGCCCGCCUCGGGUACCCGGCGGUCGGCUGGCACAUCGUGAACAAAAAGCCCCACAGCGUGAAGCGCGUCAGGCGCCAGUUGUACAACACUCCCACGCCGGUGCCCUCCCUGCUCCCUCCCACGUCUCACCCGGAGCCCCCGAUGCGCGUGGUUCCCACGCCAACUUCACCCUCUAUCGCCAUAGCAACAGAGAACUCUGUGCCCCCCGUCAGGGGUCCCCUGCCCCUCCCGGUGAAGCCCACCAUGAGGGUCCGAGAUCAGAUAGCGCACACACCUGUAGUUGGGCCCCCCCAGCCCACCAGAGUACUGGGAACCACAAGCACCAUCCCUAUUCAGCCCACCAUGACCCGGCCCACCUUUGUGGAGGCCACAGCUUUGCCGACACCCCCCAGUACCACCAAAAGACCCAAACCCACUGCGACGAGGAAACCCAAGAAAAUCAAGACCACCACCCCGGCCCCCCGGGAGCCCAAGUCCACCACACCCAAACCGCCCAAACGCCCCACUCCGCCCACCCUGCUCCCCCCAGACCAGAAUCAGAACCCGGAGAUCCGCAACGCUGUUGAUCAGGUGAACGCCUGGGUCGGAACGUACUUUGAGGUUAAGAUCCCUCCAGAUACCUUCUACGACAAGGAGGACGGCACCACGGAUAAGCUGCGUCUGACUUUGAAGAAGACCCCCAAGGAAGCCGUGAACGAAACCUCCUGGAUUCAGUUCAACAGCACCAUCCAGCUGCUGUACGGCCUCCCGGAGGAGCAGCACCAGGGGAAGCACGAGUACUUCAUGUUGGCCACGGACAAGGGGGGCAAAAGCAUCAUGGAUGCCUUCGAGGUUCAGGUCAACGGCUGGUCUGCCAGUGACAAGCCCUCCGUGGUGUUUGCCGCCCGUUUCUACGGUGACCCCAAAACUUUAAACGGCGACAUCCACAAGAAGAUUCUUUUGACCAAAAAGUUGGCUUACGCCCUCGGCGAUCGCAACAGCAGCACGGUGACCCUGAGGAGCAUCACGGCGGGCUCGGUGGUGGUCGAAUGGACAAACAACAGCCUGCAGCAGAACCCAUGCCCUAAGGACCAGAUCUCGGUCCUCAGCAACAGGAUCUCCGACCCGCAGGGGAACCCCAGAGCGGCCUUCUCCAAAGCCAUGGAGCCCGACUUCAAACCCAUCAACAUCUCUGUGCGCGGCACCCAUAAAUGCCACAGCUACACCUUUGUCCCGCCGGGGGAGGUGGCGAUGCCCGCGCCUCCCACGGCCUCGCCCUCCCCCGGGACGGGCCGGCGGAACAGUGACGACGUUUACCUCCACACAGUCAUUCCUGCCGUGGUGGUGGCCGCCCUGCUGCUCAUUGCCGGCGUCAUCGCCAUGGUCUGCUACCGCAAGAAGCGCCGCGGCAAGAUGACCACAGAGGAGCAGGCCACCUUCAUCAAGAAAGGCGUCCCCAUAAUAUUCGCCGACGAGCUGGACGACUCCAAGUCGCCGCCGUCCUCCAGCAUCCCCCUGAUCCUUCAGGAGGAAAAGCCCCCGCUGCCCCCCCCGGAGUACCCCAACAUGGCCGGCCCGCACAGCACCCUGCUGAACCAGGAUCUGCUGGAGGAGUAUUCCAUCUAUCAAGACGACGAUCCUAACGCGCCUCCUUACCAGCCCCCGCCGCCAUUCACUGUCCCCAUCGAGGGCAAAGGCUCUCGCCCCAAGAACAUGACCUCGUACAGGUCCCCGCCCCCCUACGUGCCUCCCUAACGCACCCCCCCCCAGCUUUCAGGCUGGAAAGCAGGUACAAUGUAAGACGCUUGUUGAGAACUACGGCUGGAGUGAUUCCACAUGUCUGACUUUGUAGAGGAGCAGCAAACAUCUCCCCAUCAUCGUACUACUAGCAGCACAGGGCAAAACCCAACAGGGACACUUUGGAUUUCUUUUCUUUUGUCUUUCAGAUCUGCUUUUGACUUCUCGCUUCUUUUUUUUUUUUU